AUGAACCGCCGCGUUUGCCUGUGCGUGCUGAUGGCGGUACUCGCUGCGGGCGCCCUGACGCAGCCGGUGCCCCCAGCUGGAGCCGCAGGCUCCGGGGUGCAGAGGGCAGAAGAGGCGGCACGAAGGCAGCUGAGGGCGGUACAGAGGACAGACGGGGAGCCGCGAGCGCACCUGGGCGCACUGCUCGCGCGAUACAUCCAACAGGCUCGGAAAGCUCCCUCCAGCCGCAUGUCCAUCAUUAAGAACCUGCAGAACCUGGACCCCAGCCACAGGAUAAGUGACCGGGACUACAUGGGCUGGAUGGAUUUUGGCCGGCGCAGUGCUGAGGAGUAUGAGUACCCCUCUUAGAGAACCAGCCUCCAUCCACCUGACUCACAGGAGGCAGAAUAAGAAAACAAUCGUGCUCAUAACUCAUUGUCUCUGAAGUUUGACACUUCAAGUAUCGUAUUUAUUAAGUUCUCAAUGUGAAAAAUCCAUCUAUUAAGAUUGUCCAGUGCAACCACACACCUCAGAAGA